AUGAAGUGCCAGCACUGUGUCACCAUCCAGGUUUCUGUUCAUCAUCACAAAGCACUGCAGAGUGUUGCAGGUGGAGAGCUCUUCGACUUCUUAGCUGAGAAAGAAUCUCUCACGGAGGAGGAAGCCACAGAAUUUCUCAAACAGAUACUUAAUGGUGUUCAGUAUCUCCACUCUCUGCAAAUUGCCCACUUUGAUCUUAAGCCUGAAAACAUAAUGUUGUUGGACAGGAAUGUACCAAAGCCUCGAAUCAAGAUUAUUGACUUUGGUCUAGCACACAAAAUUGACUUUGGAAAUGAAUUCAAAAAUAUCUUCGGAACACCAGAGUUUGUUGCUCCUGAAAUAGUAAAUUAUGAGCCUCUUGGUCUUGAAGCAGAUAUGUGGAGCAUUGGUGUAAUAACUUACAUUCUUCUAAGUGGUGCAUCGCCAUUUCUUGGAGAAACCAAACAGGAAACAUUAGCAAACGUGUCUGCUGUGAAUUAUGAAUUUGAAGACGAGUUCUUCAGUAAUACCAGUGCCCUAGCUAAAGAUUUUAUACGAAGACUUCUAGUCAAGGAUCCAAAGAAGAGAAUGACUAUUCAAGACAGUUUGCUGCAUCCUUGGAUCAAGCCUAAAGAUACCCAGCAAGCACUUAGUAGAAAAGCAUCUGCCGUGAAUAUGGAGAAAUUCAAAAAGUUCGCAGCACGACGAAAAUGGAAA